AUGGAUGCUAACAUUACCACCUUCACUGCGGGAGGGCCAAGGUAUGGUCGGCCAAUCUUUUGGCUCGGAACCCGAGAGGAAGGACAGGCGAACCGAUUGUGGGGGAGCAGGAUCCAGGAACAAAGCGGUAGGAGCGGAGAGAAGAAGAUGGGAGGCGGGCCAGGGCAGGGCACAGAAGACUGGGAUCUGAAUGGUGGUUCAAAGGGGGGUGAAGGCGGAGGGGCACAGCAGGCCUGGGAGGAUAGAGGCGAGACCAGGGAUCGACACAGUCACAGCCUUGGGGGAAAAAGGAAAGAUGAGGGCAGCGAUAUCAAAGAAAGUGGCGUCCCAAAGUGCCGGGAGUGGUCAGGUGAUGGGCGAUUGCGACAGGUGACAGCAAAGCAAGAACGCCUGGUCUGA